GACCCGUUCAAGGUUGACUUGGGGGAAGGGAAUUGGGAGGCCAUUUGGUUGUGAAAGAGAGUCUUGCCCUUGGGGGCUGAAGUAGCUGGUUUGAUUGAGCCACAUCUAAUUAGUCAAACUUGUUGGCAUUUCCCAAGCAAAUCAGUAGGAUUGCCCGAGAGCUGUCUUAUUCUUGGACAGACCAUGAUAACUCUUUUGCCUCUGCUCUCUGUGUUUCUUGGAAAAUUGCAGGCAUUUAAAAAUGUGACAGAGCACAAGAGGCCCCCUUAUCACCCAGCCGGGCUUGUGUAUGUAGAUUGCCUUUUCUGCUUGGUACUGAAAGAAGCCUGUUUCCUGGCAAAUUUUUCAAGUGAUGUGGGGCUCUCAGAAUCCAGGCUCCAGAAGAGGGGGCAUUUUCAGAGAAAGGCCAACUUGAGUAAAUUUUUAAAAUGUCAUUCUCUGGUUAAGUGUGCCUUGUAGAAAGGGUGAAGGGGGUGUGCGGGAGCUCUUUCAAGAGGGGGUUUGACAUUGAGGGCAGCCUCGUGGCAGGAGCAGGGAGGGCCUGGGUGCCGGGGCCCACCAUAGGAGGGUGUGUGCUUCAUAAUCUGGAAUGGUGAGAGGUGGAAGAGCGCCCCGAGCAGAAGGCAGGAGCAGAGAAGGUGGCCUGGGCUGCCGCGGUGGCGUGCUCAGCUGGGGAUGUCGGAGAAGGAGAUCGAGUGGUGGUUAUGGUGGGCAGUUGGACUAGGACUACUUUGAAGACUCCUUCCGGUCCUGACACAUUAGGAUUCCUUGAAUUCACAGAACCAAUAUAAUUGGUGUUGUUACUCUUUAGUCUUCAGCAUGGGAAAUAAUUCUUACGGGCAAUGUGGAAGAAAGGUGGUUGAAGAUGAAAUUUACAGUGAAAGUCACAAAAUCCACAGAACGCAGGACUUUGACGGCCAGGUGGUCCAGGUCGCCUGUGGUCAGGACCACAGCCUCUUCCUCACGGAGCGAGGAGAAGUCUAUUCUUGUGGAUGGGGUGCAGACGGACAGACAGGUCUGGGUCACUACAAUGUCACCAGCACACCCACCAGGCUGGGUGGCGACCUUGCUGGGGUGCACGUCGUCCAGGUUGCCACCUAUGGUGACUCCUGCCUGGCCGUAUCUGCCGACGGAGCCCUCUUUGGCUGGGGAAACUCGGAGUACCUACAGCUGGCCUGCGUCACGGAUUCUACACAGGUGAAUGUCCCACGGUGCUUACCCUUUUCCGGAGUGGGGAAGGUGAAGCAGGCUGCAUGUGGUGGUACAGGCUGUGCCGUAUUAAACGGAGACGGACAUGUUUUUGUCUGGGGCUACGGAAUUCUUGGGAAAGGACCAAACCUACUGGAGACUGCUCUUCCAGAAAUGAUUCCACCCACUCUCUUUGGCAUGACGGAGUUCAACCCAGAAAUCCAGGUUUCCCACAUUCGAUGUGGACUCAGCCAGUUUGCUGCACUUACCAACAAAGGAGAGCUGUUUGUGUGGGGCAAGAACAUCCGCGGUUGCCUGGGAAUUGGUCACCUGGAAGACCAGUACUUCCCGUGGAGGUGCCCUGUAAGAAGCCAGGUCGGAGGCUGCCCGAGGGGGCAGAGGCAGAGAAACAAAGGGACACUGGUGCUUCAGAGGAGCAAGCUGCAGGCAGGACCCAGCAAGCCUCUGGAGAGGCCCUUCAGAGGCCUCCGAGAGUGAGGAGGUAUGAAAUGAAAAAGACGGCAUGCCGGAAGCCGUUAUAGGCGCCCAUGUUGGUGGCAUGGUUUAUAAUGAAUUUAUUAAAAAGCAGGAUAUUUAAUAGUUAGAGUGCCUGACCAUAGCCACUGAAGUGAAAACUUGAAGGAUUUUCUUAGGGGUAGGAUACGAUUAGCUGAAAGGCUUAUUUCAAAAUUAUAGGGGAGGAAAGGUCCUUUCUCAAAUUGCAGUUUUUCUUAGUGUUGUUCACUAAGUCAGUCCUUUAAGUUCUUCUGAAAAAGACUUGUCUUUUUUGUUUCAAUUUGGAACACAUGUACAUAGCAAAAAUUUAAAAGAUACAAAAUGUAUUAUGAAAAUGUCUUCUGGCCCCUAGAGGCAGCACUGGUGCUGGUUUCCUGUGUUCCCUCCCAGAGGUAGUGUCUGCAGAGAGAAGUGUGUGUGCACAUGUGUGUGUCUGUGCGUGUGCACUGGCUUUUUUCCCUUGAAGGUUUGAUUUGAAUCCCAUGUUUUGAAAUCAUGAAAAGUGUUUUUAAAAAAACACUUGUAAAAUGCAAAAGAAAUGUAUAAUUUAAAUAAAAUAAGGAUCUAUCUGUCAAAAACCCAGCUGCACAACGUUUCGAGGCACCUUGGUAUUUUUCAGGGCUUGGGGCUGUUUCCGUUGGUCCCCCCCUCGGCUGCUGCUUCUCUUGUUCCCUGGGGACCCCACAGGCCCUGCCUGACCCCUUUAUUAAAACUCAUCCGGGGAGUCUCCACGAGAACAAGUCAGACGGAGACUUCACAGUUGUUAGAAUAAAACGUUUGCACAGCAGAAUUGUCCCCAAGAUGGCUGGUGCUUGCCGCUUGUUUCCCGAGCCUGGGAAUGUUUCCGGGUCAGGAAAGGGGAGUCAGUUGGAGCACAGCAUACAGCAGUUCAGAUAAUGUGAGCAUCAAUAAUUUAUACGCCCUGCUCGUUUGAUUGGUAAUUGUGAAUUGCUGUUUCGUUAAACCCCACCAAAAAGAGCUUCUUUCUGAAGGGAAGCUUGGGAAAUAGUUAAAGCAGCUGGGAUUUGGCUGCAUAAACUGUGACUGGGUCCUGCCCAUCUGCCUUCGCUUCCUUCAAAUUAGAGUGAAAAUGAAAUAAGAUUUUGCAUCCAAUAAUGUUCUCCCUGAUUAAGUGGCUUGUGCAGAGCUUUGGCCUCUGCUGUGGAGUUGGAGGUAGCAGCCGCUGGCCUCUCAAAUUGGGGCUUCCCCUGCUCUGACUCUACUCACUGAGCAGCCUUCUGGUACUUUGGUUUCCCAUAUUCAUGCCACCAGGGAAAGAAUGUUCUGGUCUGUCACUGUGACUGCUGCAUUUCUUGCCAAACUCAUCUUCCCUCUUGCACAUUCGGUGAGCUCUGACUGUGCAAGGGAGCUACUUUGUGCCCUUGUCCCCUUUCGAUUGGGCUUGGGAGUAUUGGGUGGAGGCGAGGGCUUGGGAAGACGGUGCUGAGGUCUGAUGCCACGGCCCCUUCCUGCCUUGCACAAGCUCUGAGGUGUGAGGCUGGAGCCCUGGGAGAGUGGCGGUGGCAGCAGCCAGGUUUUGGAUUGACUGGGUGGAUCCCUUAUAGUUAGAUCAGCCUGUUGGUGAGUUGAACUUUGCUCCAGUGUGCUUUUUUAUUGCAGGUGACUUUUAUUUUAUUCUUCAAAAAAAACAGUGGGGAAUGUGUUGGAUCAUUUACAAAACAUUCCAGAAAAGAAAAGGGCAAAUCUCUUAACAUUGGUAGUACAGGUUAUUUUUAGUCUUGCAGGACCUGACUUUUCUAACAAAAUGAAAGUGACUUCUAGGCACCUGAUGUGAACCUCUCCUUCUGGAACUUUUCCAGCACAUGUUUUACUGCUAAACAUUGAUACUGAAAGCUCAGAGAGAGUAAGUGAUUUCUUCAAGGUCACACAGCUAGAAAGAGGCAGAGCCAGGAUUCAGACCUCAGGUAUGUUCACUCUAAAGACAACAACUUUUCACUGUUUCCUGCCUCUUCAGGGAGGGGCCGAGGCUGGCUGUUCAGGCAUCCUGGCUGCGGAGAGAAGGAAGUGUGCAGAGGCUGGGAAAUGUUUGACCAGGUGUCGUCUGGGUUUUCAGAGGACCCUCUGACCUAAUGCGGGAGCACUAGAGGCAUCAGAACAUACUGCUAGAGUAGGCUUUUGAAUACCCUUCCCUCUUCCCCCUCCAGGCUUUGACCUGCAAGAGGUGAAACCCCUGCCACCCCCACCCCGUCCAGUGUGCACACACAGACUCUGACUUAGGGCUGGCCCAGGGGCUCACCGUCACUUAUGGCUGGACCGUGAUCUGAGCUUGGGGCCUGUCUGCAAAGCCUGUGUGCUUCCCCCUCAUGUGCUCCCCGCCAUUCAGGGCCUCUUGAGGUUUGGGAGCACAAGCCUAGAAACCCUCUGAUUUCUAGGCCUCUCUCCUCUGCAGCUGCCUCCGGAGCCACUGGUGGUUCCGAGAACCCAGGAGAGAAGCACAUUUUCAAGGCUUCACAGGCCCUGAACCCUCCCUCCCGUGGUUGGACUCGGAAUUCUCUCCCUUUCUCAGAGUCUAAGAGUUGGGUCACCUCCUGUCUCCGUGAAGGAAAUGAUGGGGCAGCUGAGCAGGGAAGCAGCAAGUCUGGGGGCUCCUUCUCCCAGCUCCUGUCUUCACCUGGUAGGCGUUUGUUUUGGAAACUUGUACUUGUGGAGAGAUGUUUCUAAACUGAUUCUGCUCAAACUUUUAGAAAGAGUCACUCAGGCUAAGUGUAGUUCUGGUUUGGAACUGUUAGCCUUCACAGUAAAGCUGCAAGUGUAAAUUGGUUUAGAAGAGACUCUCCUUUGAACCUUGACUAGGACAAAAAUAAAACCUGACUGAAGCUGUCUUCUCGGGAACUCAAUUCAGAGACGUGAAGCUGUUGGCCAGGGGGAGCUGGAGCCUCGGUCAGCUGUGUGAUGCUCCCCAGAUGGGGUUCUGGAAGCCAGGCCCCAGCUUCUGAGGCUGGCCUCGGUGCAGACCCUACCCAGGCCCAGUGGUCCGAAGUUAGUGGUCUCCUCUGCUUUGGGCUCGAAUGGCUACUCUGGGAACAAGGACCUGGGUGCCACAGUGCGGCAGGCGGGCCGGGAUGAGUGAGGAGAAGGGCACCCUCCCUGGGCGGAGGUAAAUGAGCCGCUCCCUAGUGGCUCUGGAGGAGGCGGCCAAGGGUUCAUCUGGGCGCGGUCACCACACUGUGACUCGUUUUUACUGCUCCUACCACCAGCCUGGAACUUUCUGCCUUUGCGGUUAGCUGGAGCCCCAGCUCCUGUUUGUUCAGUGAUUUCUGUAAUGUUUUGCUGAAGACCUUUGUUUAGGGAGGCUGGGGAGGUGUCAUGUGACCUGGUUACUAGUCCCUGUUUGCCUGUGGCCAGGAGUCCUCGAUGGGUUUGUCUCGUGCUAUGGGAGCAAAGUGCUGGGGCUCCCAGCACCUGCUGCCACUGGGCUGCCAGGCCAGGCCACCUGGAUUAGACAGUUCCCCUCCUAAGCUCAGUAAGCGCCGCAGGCUGUCACAGACCCCCUUUCCGGCUGUCCCUCUGCCCAGCUGGGUGCUGCCACCAGGGAAGACAGGACUCUGCUCAGGUCAGGACAGCAGGCAUCACCUUCCUGGCAGGAUCAGAGGUGCAAGUGAUGCCUUAAAAAUUGUCACUUAAGAAAAACUAGACCUGUACUUGCUCCUCUUUGCUUAAAGAAAUUUGAAAGGAUGAGAAAACAAUGAAGAGCAAUUUCCAGUUGGGGGGGAGGUGGAGAAUGGGGCAGUUGAUGACAGGGUAGUAGUAAAAGGCAUUUAAUACGUUUUUCACCUGUUUUUCACUGCAUGUCGCUUUAUAUUGUAGCCAUGUGAAUGUAUUCCCUAUUCAAAAACAGUAGUCAUAAUAACCAAGAAAAAGAAAGGAAAAGGCCCCUUUCCUUGAGAUUUGGCUUGGUUAUGUGGAUAUGGAGAUCCUUGAAUCGUGGCCACACCUGAGCUCUUGGGGUGUCUGUCUGCAAAGCAGGCUGUGGACAGUCAGUCACUAUAAAGGCAAACAGGUCAGAGUGUCCACAUCCUCGUUACCUUAGUCGGGACCUCCCUGUGUGACCUGUUGUUGGCACAGCUGGGCAGUGCCGUUGGGACUGCCAGGGGGUCUGUGGCAUCUUCUGAGACGCAGCAGAUGUUCUUCCUCCAGGGUGGUUGUGACUUUGGGAAGCAGCCUGCCUUUGCCUGGAGCUCGAGUUGAUGGGUAAAGCGAGUAAAGGCACAGAGCCUGCAGGCCUGAUUCCCAGACCAGGCCCUGAAGCCGGAAGAAAGGAUUUCUCAAGCCACUCCAGCGAGCCAUGGUGGUGACCCCUAAGGAAGGGUCACAGAACACCUGGCUUGAAAGCAGAGAGCCUGGUGACGAUGCCGGGGCAACCCAUGGAUGUGGCAUGUGGCGUGGAUCACAUGGUGACUCUGGCCAAAUCAUUCAUCUGACCCUCCUGCCUCACCUGCUCAAGUCCGGCCCUGGCCUCAGUACCACUUGACCUGCAUGGCAGAGGUAGAAAUGCGGCUCACCAGCUGGGGCUCUUAAAUGGUGAUCGAAGGACAGCAAAACCUUUCAUGGAGAGGGAUGCUCUCUCCUAUUACCCUUUCAGGUACAUAUUAGACAUCUUGGGGACAUGGUCCUUCCUGGCUAAGAUGAGACUGGCUGAGCUCUGCACAGCAUGGCUGCCAUGAGUGGGCUGCAGGCUGUGCUGCUGAGGAGGGAGGCUCCAGGGCCCCCGAGUCACAGGGCCAGCCCGGGUAGGGCAAGGACAGUCUGCACAGCUCAGCUCUUCCCAGGUGGCACGUGACGUCUUCCGGUGUGAAGUCUGGCCCAAGGAACUGGUCUUUGGAAAGCUUGGCUCCUAAAGCUGUGUCAUUCUAUUUGAUCAUGAAAGGGGGCCUGACAGAAGCUGGUGCUCAGGAGGGCUGCUGUGCCCCUCCCCGAUCCCGGCACAUUGCUUGGUUUGCGCCUUGGAAGGCUGUGCAGGUGCAUCAGCACGAGCCCCAGCUCAGCUUUGGGGGCCAGUAGCUUCAGCCCGAGGUUUUCCUCUCGCUCCACCCUGCAUACCCUUCCCCUCGGUGUGCUCGCCAGUGGGACGCAAAGCAAGCCGCCCGCAGCCCGCGGAGCAGGCUCCCACGUGGAGCCACCAGCCUGUGCCCAGCUCAGGACCCUGAGGGCUGCGGCCAUCACCAGCCUCAUAACCGCCCCACUGCCCGGCCGAGUUCCAGUGGGCUCGGGGCCUGGAACACAGCCCCCAAAGCUUGGCCGGAGGGCCGGUCUCGGAGAGAGACUCAGGAGUUGUGGAAAACCUUGGAUUUAGUAAUGUAACUUGUCUUUUUCUUUAAAAACUUCUUGUAAAAAAAUCUCUUUUGGAAUAAAGUAUAUUUUCUGCCUUUCUAAGAA